AUGAGUUCCUACUUAGGAAAUCUACUGCCGGCACACAUGGCUGCUAACGCUGGACAUUCGGAUGUGUUCUAUCCACGCGCUGAAAAGUCACUGGACAACCACCAUUCUGGAGGAUAUCAUUCGACAUCAACUCACAAUAUGUGUUAUGAAAAUGAAAAUACAACAUACAGCAUGGGCAACUAUAAUUGCUAUCCUAUGUACGAGAGAUUAGACUCACAGAACCAGAUCCAACCAAUGAACCUUGUAGCUAAACAGCAAGGAUAUUGUCCGGGUGGAAACGGUAGCAUAUAUCCCUAUCAAAAUUCACACAAUUUUAGCCAUUCUAACCAUUUGCAUGGGAUUUCACCUUACCAGGACGAUCGACCGAGUUGUGUUAAAACUGAGGAAGGGUGUAUUCCCACCCCUCCGCCUACUUACCCUUUACAUGAACAGCACCAGUCUGUGGGACAAAUCCCUUCAAUAUCGGGUCAGGAAUUGAACCCACAUCACCCUCAUCUAUCCACAAAUCCUUCAUCAUUAAAUGGAAUUUCUCAACAAAAUAUGGCAGUUUAUCCGUGGAUGCGAGCGGCCGUGAAUGGAGAAGUAACGUAUGAGCAGAAGCGAACGCGCCAGACCUAUACCAGAUACCAAACUCUUGAACUGGAAAAAGAGUUCCACUACAACCGAUAUUUGACGAGACGAAGGCGGAUUGAGAUCGCACAUCUACUAGGACUUACGGAGCGUCAGAUUAAGAUCUGGUUCCAGAAUAGACGAAUGAAAUGGAAAAAGGAGAACAAUAUUCCAAAAUUAACUGGCCCAGAUAGGUCAAAACCUGAAACAGAUUCAGAAAGAACAAAUAUUGGCGCGAGCCCAAGUUCGGACGAGAACAAUUAUUCCAAUUAA